AUGAGUGUGUGGUUUUUAUAUAUGAGUUUAGUGUCAGUUAUUUGCUCGGCCCAAAAUAAACCACCUGACUAUUCCGAGAAAAUCUAUCGAAUCAACGGUAAUUCCAUUGACUUUCCAUGCGAAUCUACAAAGAAUAUUUUCAUCAGCACGGAGCGGUAUAAACCAAGUAAUAUUAUUCCGUUACGAUUCCAAAUCGACCACAAACUUGAUCGUGCAUUAUGUGUGCUACCACGUUUGCGUACGGGAAUUCCGAUAACGCUUGGUGUGAUCGAUCUGCUGCGCCCCAAUUGCUAUACUCACAUCAAACCAUAUCCUUGCUGGGACUACCAGGAAGAAGGCAACUGUAAUUCUUUUCAAUCGGUUGUUGAUGCGUACAUUGAUAUAAGACAUAAUGUCUGGACGCUAGACACAGGAAUUACAAACUAUUUGCAACAGCCAAUUAAACGUUGUCCUCCCAAAGUGGUAGCAUUUUCUCUAGAUAACGACAAAACUGUUAAGACGGUAGAUUUGAGCGAAAUCGUGAAACCCGCGUCGAGACUACAGUACCUCGUGGUUGAUUAUUCACUGAAUGGGUCACCAUAUGUCUACAUCGCCGACGCAGAAGGCGCGAUCAUUGUUUUGGAUAUCCAAAAUGGCAAGAAUUAUCGGGUGGUAUUGCCGCGUACUGUGUCUGCCGGAUGUGGUGACUCGGAUGUACUGUACCUGUUGCUGGCGCGAAGGCCUAAAAAUCAAAACACCGUAAUUUUUUCCUACCUUUGCGGUCAGAAAGUAUUUGGAAUCAAAUCGGAACAUCUUCGCACUGGCCGUGGUUCUAAUGCUAUCGUUGAGCUUGGAAGCAAACAGAAGCAUUCGGUUUUGUUAGGCACGGAUGGCGGUAAAAACGUGGUACUACGAUAUAGGGGUGAAAGUGAACUUUAUUUGUGGGACACUGAUCAACCCUACAGGGAGUGCAACUUUGUGUUGGUGCAAAAUCCAGAGGAAUGUCGACUAAGCACGCAUGUUGCUCCCGGAGGUAAGGAUGAGCUGCUGUAUUCUCUGUCUUCCAAUAUUGCAGAUUAUUUAAAUAAUACUAGUGGUGCUGGUGGAGCUUCUGGGAGACUCAAGUUUAUAAGUAAGGACUGUGAUGACGAUUGUUAUUAA